AUGAUUAAUCAUCCGAUGCGAGGGCCAGAUCGUGGGUCUGCAAUAACUGGCAAAAGUGUACACAAUCAGCGGAUAGAGCGGCUGUGGCGUAAUGUCUUUCAGGGAGUGUUGAAACCGUUUUACAUUCUUUUCUAUUUAAUGGAAGAUUAUGGCAUACUAGAUCCUUGCGACGAAACUGACCUAUGGUGUCUUCAUUAUGUAUUUUUGAAGGAAAUAAAUGAUUGUUUAUCUCGUUGGGUUGAAGCAUGGAUACGACAUCCACUAAGAACUGAGCACAAUCGAAGCCCUUUGCAGCUUUGGAUCACUGGCAUGCGUUGGAGUAGUAUAAAUGUCCCUCAACCAGACAGCAAUAACUGGGACCUUUUUGGUAUUGAUUGGACUGGUCCUAUACCUAUGGGGGAUGAAGCCAUUGCAACUACACUGGAAGUCCCGGAAACAGUAUUUCCAGUGGCCGAUGAAAUGAGAAUUGA